GUCUGAAGACAGCUACUGUGUACUCAUAUAAAUAAAUCUAAAAAGGAAAAAGAAAAAAGAAAUGGAUUUGAGAAAAGUUUUAUUAGAAUUUGAGAGGAAAAAACCCAACAGGGUUGGCAAUCUCUGAAUCCUGGCAGCUGCCAGGAGGAGGGAGAUGGAGAAGAGGAGGAAGAGAUUGGCAUCUGGGUCUGAGGAUGCUGGUUGUUCAUGGUUGCUCAGCUCUGGAGGUUGGUGAAUGCCUACAUGACAGAAUGGGAAGGGGGACUUCCGAAAAAAAAAGCAGGAAAAGCCCAGAGUGUCAGGGAAAACACCAAAAGGCUUUGGCUCGUAUUCAAAAGUAGGAAGAACAGAAAGAAGGUACACAGUUUGAGUUAGAACUUAGAAACAGGCAGCUUCAUGCACUGCUGUAUGGAGAGAGUGAGUUUAAGAGGCUGCUCAGAGGGAGGGCCUCUGGGAAGGUCUCAGUAAGAGCAUAAUUAUUCCUCCCAUCGCCUUAGCUUGUCAUCAGCUGAAGCAGCUUUCCUAAAGAGUGCUUUCCUGGGCAAGUGAUUGCCAAGCCUAGCUGGAUUAACUCUUAAUGAGUAACUCUUAAUGAUGUAACCUUUCAUCUCUGGAGCAGAUCAGAAUGUCUUGUUUCUAUCAAGGACCAGAGGUAGAACUGGACUAAGCAGCCUUCCCCUAACAGAUCUCAGCAAAACCCUAAAACCUUCACCUUGUCAUAUCAUAAUUUAAAUCUUAAGUGGGGGAAGAUGUAAUAUUCCCCUUUUUAGAGUUAACAGGGAAGUGGGAAGUGAGGUCCAACAUGAAGGGGAAUCCUGUCUUCCAUGGCCUCCAAGCCUGGUAAUUAUUCCUCUUUAGUUACAUAACACCACCACCCUGAGGUAAAGAUUUUAAAAAUGUGUUUUUUUCCCCCAAGUAUAUCUUUUAUAAUUAGGUACUUGUCUUGUUGCUGUGAUAUAAUCCCUGGCAGAAGUAACUUAAAGAUAAGGAAGGCUGUACCCUCCUUAGUUUAAGGAUACAGUCCAUCAUAGCGGGGGACUUCAUGGCAGCAGGAGCUUGAGACAGUGGUCAUAUGGCAUCUGCAGUCAGGAAACAGAGAGCCUUUUUAUGUGGGUGAGGAGCUAAGGUGGGUCUCCCCACAUUAAAUAAGUAACCAAAUGCUUUUUGACAGACACACCCAGAGGCUUUGCUUCUAGGUCCUGUCAAUUGUAAGUAUCUCAUCUGUUACAUCAUUCGGCUCUCUGAAAGUGUAUCUUCCUGUAAGACAGAAGUUUUGUUUUUCCCUCCAUCUUGAGGGUCAAGUCUGAGUGAUACUGGAGUGAACUUUCUCAUCAGUAUAUCCUUCUGCAUAUCUUGGAAUUGUUCCUUGGGAACAUUCCUAGAAGCAGAUGUGCAGGGUCAGAGGAUGGACCUUGUUAGGGCAUUUGAUGAAUAUUGAAAAUGUACUCCUAGUGCCUCAUUUGAUGUUUGGCUGUCACCGCUGUAUUCUCUAGUGUAAAUGUCAGUGGCCAAUUAUUUAUCCAUUUAUCUUAAAGGAGCUUUAGACUUCUGCCUUUGGUCCCUAGACAUCUUGUUCCCAGGCAAACUUCCCAGAAUGUAUUUAUUUUAUUCAGGAUUUUCUUUGGAUUCCAUCUCUUGGUGAUUUUUGCGUAUCUACGACUUUCUCCUUGUCCUUUAACUAUGUCCUGCAGUGUCUUUGCUAGGAUUCUUGAUUAACUAGACAUCUUGAAGUCUAGAGCUCCUGGAAAGGGACUGCCAGCUUCAGUGUAUUUCAUUAGUAAUGCUCGCUGAAGUCUGGCUUGAGAAUCUCAGUGUUUAAGGAAAAUGAAUACUUGCGAAUGGAUUAUAUUUAUAGUGUGCUAGAUGAGAGGGCUUUAUCCUUACAAAGGGCUGGGGAAGUGUGGACAAGGGACAUAUCAUAUGUUUUUUGGAGAUUCAUCUGUGAAGAUAAGGAUUUCUUCAGCAUUAGGAAGGCUGUGCCAAGGAGGGGGAAGGACACACUCAGGGAUGAAGGCCCAAAGGGCAGAGGCUAUUUGGAGAAAAGAUACAAGCCUUCAUGGUGGUGCCUUGGGUUCUGUGGGGAUUGGAGAGAGGCACGGGCGGAUCAGAUUUUAAGAGUCCUGUUAUAUCCACCUAUGAAGUUUAAACUCAACCCGUCUGGAAGGCUGAGAAUUAGUAGGCUCUUGGAGCAAAAAUCCUUGAUAGACAGGUAGCAGUGAACCAGGCUAGAAGAUCGUUGUAGCCUACAGCAUGAGAGCGGCUGGAGGCCUGAGCUACUAUGGUGUAGGAGGGACCAGGGUGGAGCAGAGGGGCUGUUCAAGAUACAUUUUUGGCAGAAAAUCUGCAGGUGACAUAUGGCUUUGUGCAAGCUCUCUCUCUCUCUCUCUCUCUCUCUCUCUCUCUCUCUGUAUGUGUGUGUGUGUGUGUGUGUUGUGGGAAAAUUUGUACCCUAUCUGUUUCAUAGAAAUUUUCCACUUAGCAAUCUAUAAGUGCUCUACGCAUGGGACAUCUUAAUUAUAUUUCUAUCAUACUAGGGUGGUGGCUCAGUGGGUAAAAACAGUACUGUGGCAUGCCUGACAACCUGACUUUGUUCUCUGGAACCUAUGUAAAUAGCUGGAUGUGGUUUACAUCUCUACUUGCAGUCCUGUGGCAAGCUGAGAGGUAGAGAUAGGAAAUUCCCUCAAACUCGCAAGCUAGAUAGCCUCAAGUAUGUAUGUAGCACACAGAAGACAUAAGGGGAAAGCCCUGACUCAAAACAAUGGAAGGCAAGAACGGGCUCCCGAAAGCUGUCCUCUCAGCUGCGAGCAUGCCAUAGCCCAUGCACACCAGUGCUCUCUCCCCCCACCCCCAACUUUCUCUGGCUCUCUCUUACACACAACGAUAGAAAAAUGUCUGCAUGUGGAUAUUGCAUGAAGUGAUGGGUUUCAUAAUGAUAUUUUAUUGGAAUACUUAAUUUGAACAUAUUCACCUCUUUCAUCUUCUAUUGUCCCCCCUUCCAGUAGUCCCCUCCUUCAUCCCAAAGAGUCCUCUUAACCUUUCAUGCCAUAGGUAUGUGUGUAUACAAGUGUAUAUGUACAUAUAUAUGCAUGUGUAAUGCAUGUAUAUGUACAUAUAUAUGCAUGUGUAAUGCAGGUUCUGCACAUAAGAGAAAACAUGCAAUAUUUGUCUGAGUCUGACUUAAUUUGCUUAACUUGAUCAUCUCCUGUUCCCUUCGUUUUCCUACAAAUGUCAUAGAUUUUUUUCUUCUUUUUUUUAUUUUUUUAGUUUUUUUAUUUUAUUCUUUUUUAUGGCUGACUAUAACUCAUGCAUUGUGCAUGCAUUAUAUUUUAUUUAUUCAUUGCAGCUAUAAAAAAUUAUUGAUAGUGGUGGUGUUUAAGAAACCCUUCCAUAGAGGACUGUUCUAUGAAUGAAGUGGGCUAGUGUGCAAAGCAUCUAAGUGCUAGGCAGAUAGUUUGUUCUUGGUUGACCAGUGCUUUAUCCUCAUCGGUUUGUCUCCCAGACCAUGGAGACACUUCCUUUUUAAAGGUGCUCCUGCACCCAAUGAAAAGUGAGUCUGAAUAGCUGAGAGAAGGGUCCAAUUUGACAUGGUAGUCUUCCGCAGGAGGAGAUAUGUCUGUGGUAGGUCUCUGGUCUCUGGGAUGAAGGACCAUCAGGGGAAGUGCUUAGAUUCGUUCUGGAUAAUAGCUCUGAUCUCUGGGUGCAUGACUAGGCUGCAUUGCAGGAUUGGCUCUGUGGGUGAUGGGGUGAGGAUUGGUGGUGAGGGCGAGGUAGGAGACAGAAGAGGUUGAUAAGGAGCCCUUCCUGUCCAGGAAGCCAGACAUGGGAAGGCUUCAGCUGAGAAAGUCCUCGCUUUGGAGAACACAAACUGGAGGACUGUGGCGCAAACCCCAGACUGGGUGAUGUGUUGCUUUUGUGGAUGGCGGACGACAGAGGGAUCUUCUUUACGAAUGCCAGCACACUGGGUCUGGAAGGACCUUUUUUAGAUCUGUAGUGCAAACCUGCUUUGCAGACCGAAGCUCCUGCCUCAGAGAGGAUUAAUGAGCAGGAGGGCCGUUUUCUCUUCCAACAACAGAACGCGGGAUGUGCAGGUGCUGCAAGCCGCUGUCAAGCACCUGCCCCCAGACGCUCUGAAAUGGAUGAGUUCUGCUUGAAUUAAUCACGAGGGGCUGCUCUCUAAGCAGCGCUCCCCGCCCCCACUCACCACCUGUUGGUGGAAAAUGACAUCCCUCCAGCCUGUCACAGAGCAGGUGAGAGAGCACUGAGAGACAAGUCAGAGGUUUGCUUGUUUUAAUGAUUGCCAAAUGCAAUUUUGUGGAUUAUUUUUAAUCUUUCAUACAUGUUUGAUUUCAAAUCUACUUCCCAUUUCUGAGAAAUAAGAGUAUAAAAUACAGAGGAUGUGAAGAAGAUAUUUUGUCUCGAUUUUUAAAAAUAUGCUGUGGAGAUCUUAGGCCUUCUUUAUUUUCAUUCUUGUUAGGCUUAAAAAAAAUUUUUUUUUUUUUGAGAGGGUUUCUCUGUGUAGCCCAGGCUCUCCUGGAACUCACUCUGUAAACCAGGGUGGCCUCAAACAGCCUCUGAGUGCUGGGAUUAAAGGUGUGUGUCAUCACCAAUGGCUAUUUUUUUUUUUUAAGACAGGAUCUCUAUAUAAUCCAUGCUGGCCUCAAAGUUGAGAUUGAGUCUGAGAGAUUACUUUUGAGUUAUUUAUUCUUCUGUCUUUAGCUCUUAAGUCCUGGGAUAGAGCUGAGUCCAUCACCAUUAUCGUAGGUUUUCCUUGGUGUGUGCUGAAUAAGCGCUCUGUCUCCUGAGCAACAGCCCCAGACCUGUACUCAGCUUUACAACUCUACUUCAAAUCCAUGGCAUGGGUCCAGCCAGCCUUGGAACUUGCCCCUGGCCUUGCCUGGUAAGGUCUGAUAGUCAGAGAUUUUAUCUGUCCUGACAGCAGCUCUGAUUUAGAGUCAGGGGACCAUUGUAAGAGCAUUCAGGUGCAGCAUGACCUGAGGCGAAUCACUGCUCGGUUACAGUACUGUCUCUAGAAAGUGGAGAGAAAUGACUGGCUCCUCCUGCUUCCUGGUGAAGAUGCCCUGAGUGUAGCAAGAUUAACUCUAAACUGUGCAAAUGUGUGAGAGCUUUGCUUUUAUCCAUGUCAAAAAUAUUGUUUGACUCUCGCUUUGCCUUUCAUAUAGUAGACACUCAAUUGUGAGAGAUGUUAGUCUUAAAGACCUGAGAUCUUUUAGACACUGCUACACUUCAGCUUGGUUUAACAGAGACAGCUAUGAUGUACCCAAUGAGCUGGGAGGCGCAGCCCAGAGGUGUGGUGGGAUAUUUAUUUCCUCCCUACAGCUUAGUCACAUGAAGGAAUAAAACAGGGCAGAGGAAGAAAAAUGGAGGUGUAUGCGUUUAUGGUGUGUAUGCCCAUGGCAUGGGCAUGUUUAUUUUCUCAUACCCAUGAUUACAUGUGUAGAGGUUAGAGAGAGAUGGGCAUGAGCAACCAAGUAAUUCCUUUGUGACAGAGUCUCUGUACUAGAUGCUAGUCUGAUGGCAGUAAGCCCUGGAAUACUCCUGUCUCUUCCACACAGUACUGGGGUUUCAGGCACACGUAGCAGGCAGGUCUGGCUUUUUACAUGUGUCGGUAUUAUGAACUCAGGUCCUCAAGUGUGCACAAGAAGCAUUCUUACCAAACUACUUCCCAGGUUCUUUCAAAAGUUUUACACGUUUGUGUAUAUAUAUGUGUACAUGCUAUGGUAUACAGGUGGAUAGCAGAGGGCAACUUGUGGAAUUUGUUCUCUCCUCUACCAUGUGGGGCCUGGAGAUCAUCAGACAUGGUGAAGAGCCAAGCCAUCUUGCCAGUUCUGCCUCAGUUUUGGUUCAAGUGUAUUGUGUAUCUCCAGCUGACUGGCUCCCUAGCUUAGGAUGAUGAACUUCUGACAUGCCUGCUUCUACUCUUACGUGUUGCGAUCACAAGUUUUAUGCAGAAUUGGGGACUAUAUUAGUCUAAGUUCUAUAAAGGAACAGUACUAUAUGUGUGUCCAGUGCCCUUGGAUGCUAAAAUAGGGUGUUAGAUUUCCUGGAACCAGAGCUUUGGAUGGUUGUGACAUACUAUGUGGGUGCUGGGAUUUGAACUAGAGUCCUUUGGAAUAGCCUCUACCCUCUAUCAUAUCUCUCUCUCUCUCUCUCUCUCUCUCUCUCUCUGUCUCUGUCUCUCUCCACACAGAUACAGACACAGACACACACACAGACACACACACACACACACACACACACACACACACACACACACACGGGAUUUAUUAAAUUGGUCUACAGGAUGCAGUCUAGUUAGUCCAACAAUAGCUGAACCAGUAGGCAGUCUGGUAGUUGCUUCAUCCAUUAGCUGGAUGUCUCAGUAGUGCUAAUCUGGCACGGAAGACCUGGAGGGUUCCUGGAGAGCUGUUGCUUUUCAGGGAUGUUGGAGUCUGGAGGAGUAGGUUCUAGAGAGUAAGAGCAAGCAGGCAAAAAGCGAAGGUUCUUUCAUGUCCUUUUAACUUGGCUGCCACCAGAAGAUGCCAUCCACAUUGAGAGUGGGUCUUCCUGUUUCCAAUAAUCUGAUCAAGAAAAGCCUUUGCAGGAGUGCUUAAUAGCUUGCACUUUAGUGGAUUCCUGACACGUCACGUUCAUAACCAAGAUUACCCAUGACGGUUGAACCCAGGCCUUCCUGAAUGCGAGGCAAGCACUCCACCAACUGAGCUAUAGCCCAGGCCUCAAAGCAGAUUUAUUUAAAAACAAUAAUUUAUUUAUUUAUGUUUCAAAUGUUGCCCCUUAGUCCCCCCUUCCAGAGUUCUUCACUCUAUCCCCCCCUUCCCUUCAAAGCAGGUAUUUUAAAGGAUCAUCUCUCAGUGAACUAGGAAAACUGUCUCGUUUUCCUUGUGUUUUGGAGACUACAUAGAAUAGAAGAAGCUAUAAUUUGAGAGUUGGAAGUUAUAUUCUUGUCUAGAGAAAGCUAACUCUCACAGCCUGUCCAAGGCCAACUAUUGUUGUUUAUUUGAUAACAUUCCAAGAAUAUUUUAUAGAAUAUACAGAUAUAGAACUAUAUCUACCAUCUCCCUUUCAUAUGCUAUUCUCCAUUUUUUUGUUGUUGUUUGUUUUGUUUUUUUUUGAGACAGAGUACCCUGUAUGUAGCCCUGAUUGUCCUGGAACUCAUUCUGCAGACCAGGUUGGCCUUGAACUCACAGAUAUCUGCCUGCCUCUGCCUUCUGAGUGCUGGGACUAAAACUGUGCACCACCACAGACCAGCUAGUCUCCGUUCUUCGCCUUACUUUAAUAAAUUUUACAGAUAGAUGUGUGGAGCAGGCUAUGUGGUUUGUUAAUGUCUGGUUGCCGUGCUUUAUAUGACCAUUUCUGUACAAGUGGGCUUUUAUUUUUCAUAUAACUACCAUCAGAAAUAUAACAUUUUUGUAAUGACUAUCUUUCUACCUGUGCCAUUGUUUAUGGAUAUAAAUGUGCAGGUGUGAUAGAUCUCUGAAAGUACAUUUGAUGGUAUAACCAUAUGGUUCAUUUAGUGGCAUAACCAUAUGGUUCAGGAUGCUUCAGCUUUCUUUUUUAUUUAUUGUUUUUGUCAUCUAGGCACUUGAAAAAUGUACUUCCCUAAAAAAUAGAUUCAUUUUAUUUUAAUCUGUACUUGUGUCUGUGUCUAGCACAUGUGUGUGCAGGUGCCCAGGGAGACCAGAAGAAGGCAAUGGACCCCUGGAAUGUGGCUUCUAGCCAUUUGACUAGCAUGUUGGAAAACAAGCUUGGCUUCUCUGGCAGAGCAUUGACCCAAUGAUUCAUCUCUUGAGCCCCUAAAACUUGCUUACUUGUGUUAGUUUUCAGUUUUACAGCUCUGAUUUUUUAGUGAUUGAAUCUUUCUAAUUAUAAGGUCUUAUGCAUAUAUAAAAUGGUUUUCAUGCUGGGCAGUGGUGUCGACCGCCUUUAAUCCCAGCACUUGGGAGGCAGAGGCAGGCAGAUUUCUGAGUUUGAGGCCAGCCUGGUCUAUAGAGUGAGUUCUAGGCCAGCCAGGGCUACACAGAGAAACCCUGUCUUGGAAAAAAAAAAAAAAAACAAAAUCAAAUAAAUAAAUAAAUUAGUUUUCAUUAUUUGUACCUUGAAUCCAUCUAGAAUUUAUUUGAAUUAUGAGACAGAAUCUGAAUUUCAUUUCAUCUUUCUUUCUUUUUUUUUUAAAAAAAAGAUUUAUUUAUUUUAUGCAUGUGAGUACACUGUCACUCUCUUCAGACACACCAGAAAAGGGCAUCCAAUCCCAUUACAGAUGGUUGUGAGCCACCAUGUGGAUGCUGGUUAUUGAACUCAAGACCUCUGGGAAGGGAGUCAGUGCUCUUGACCACUAAGCUAUUUCUCCAACUCCCUGAAUUUCAUUUCUUUCCAGAAAUAUCUAGGGUUUGUUUGUUUGUUUGUUUUGAUGCAUGCUAUGGCUGUAUAGUCUGGUUGGCCUAGAACUUCGUGUGUCGGCCAGCUUGCAGCUAUCUGUCUGGCUAGUCUCCAGAAUGCUGGGAGCUAUAGCUAAGAAUUGGGUUGAAUUUAGGUGACCUUUUUACUCAUUAGCUGUAUGAUUUUAAGAUUAAAAAAAAUACGUCUAUGUGUGUGUGUGUUUAUCUAGGUGUGUGCAUAAGCCAGAACUGGGCAUUGGGUUCCCUGAAGCUGAGUUAGAGGAGAUUGCUAUGUCUUUUGCCUUCUGUGUCCAGCCAUCCCAGGCCCUGCUAUCCCAGUAGGAAGUAAUCUUAACCACUAAGCCACCUCUCGGUUCUAUGAUUUUUAACAAAUUAACUUAGCGCUUCAAUUUCUUUAUCUGCAUAUUGGAACUAGUACUAAUAAUGUGCUGUUGAGAAGAUUAAAUAAGAUUCUAUAUGGAAAAAAUUUAGCCCUAUUCCCAAUAUGGUGUGUUAAGGUCAUGAUUUAAAUCCUCAGAAACCCGUGAAAACAUACUAUAUUUUGUCAAAACAAAGUCCUAGAGGGCUGAAGUAGUUACUUGUGACUCAUCAGUGUGACUUAGGGUGAGUCACUCUCUUAUCUAACCCCUGUUUCCUCACCUGAUGGAUGAUACAGUCAGUCUAGAUCAUGACGCUGACAGAGGUCCUUAUUAGAUCACAUGUUCAAAUAUCUUGUAACCUCUGAAGGGCUACGUAACAAAAUGUUAGGAUUUAUUUCCUGAGACAGAAGUAGCCCAGCACCGGUGGCUGUCUGACAUAUGCCUGAGGAGAAUAAUUAACUUGCAGCAAUACAAAAUUAGCAUCCGAUGUCAAGCAAGUAAGAUUGCAGCGCUGAUGAUGGUAAUGGUUAGUGAUUGCAUCUUUGUAAUUAAGCAAUAAUGAGCUCCCUGGGACAGAACCUUGUUAGAGUGAAGAUGGAUCAGAAGCCUUCAGUUUAAUGUAUACUCAUUGUACACAGCAGCAGGUUAAGCAGAGAAGAGGCAGUUGUUGAAGCACAGUCCUUCGUGGAGUCAGGUGUGAGUGUGGUACCUCUGGCCUGUUCCUCGGGUGCCCUGACCAUUUGCACUCUCUGAGGUAGUAAUAUAAAGUCACUUGGGUUGUAGGUAAACAGUGCUUUUAGUGUAAGUAUGCCCAUAUAACAUUUGGCCCACACUUAUAUUCCAUUCCCACCACCACAUAUACAAGUUUAUACAUGUCUCUCAUAGCAUAUUUGUCAGGAGGCACACAUUAGAUUAAAUGCAUGAAAUAGUAAAACAUAUGUAUUAAUAUCUGAAAUUGAAAUUUAAGGGCUGUCCUGGCCCUCUGCUACGUUUUCGGAUCUGGCAGCUCUACCCAGGCAGUCCUGAUUCCAAGUGGUAUAAAACUGCAUUGACCACCCUAAGGCUUCACAGUACCCCAGUGGCAGGGGAUCUUAAAAGGCUAUGGGAGGGAAGAAUUCCCAGCUUACGUCAUGCUUGGUAAAUCUAGGGUUAAACAGUGGUGACUGUUUACUGUUUUGUUUUGUUUUGUUUUGUUUUGUUUUGUUUUGUUUUGUUUUGACUUCUGUCAGUUUCCAGAGUAUUAAAAGUUCCUGGGUUCCAGCAGUGAGUGUUUCUCAGUGGUACCACUGUGAGACUCCUGCACACACAUUGUCUCUCACCUUGAGUGUUUGUGAAACUGAACGAGUGUUGAGUGUCUCUGGUGGCCAUUCCCCUCUGCACACCAUGAGUUCAGACAGAACUUAGCGACAGCAGCAAAGAUCUUUCUGUAAUGUUGUGGUACUAUUGAGUUUUUAAUCCACAAUGUGAUAAUAAAACAAAUACACAGACAUAAAGGCUAUGUAAACUAAAAGGUUAGAAACAUGUAUAUAGAAGUGUGAACUAAUUGUACCCAGAAGGAAGACAUUGUGGGUAAUUUCCUUUCUUUUUGUCUGUAGUGCCUGCACUUAUUAGAGGAGAACACAAAUACAUUGAAAAGGGAUACUUUCCCAUAUUUUAUUACCCAGCAACUCAAUGAUGAGGGCUCAGGGACUUUAGUAUCAUCUAAGUUUUAUGGAUUCUUUUGACUUCAUUACCUGGAUGAGACGUGCUUUUGGGCAAUGGGGUUGGUGCUUAUAAAUCAGCCUCUUACAUUUAUAGACUGAGGUAAAGCUCUAGGAAGGGAAAAAAGACCCAAGACACAGCGUACUUUCCUUUUCUUAUCUCCUGCUUUCUUUUUCCCCUCUCUCCCUUCCUCUUUCAUCUUCCUCCCUUCUUAACUCCUCUUGAGACAGAAGCUUACUUAGUAGCUCAGGUUAGCCCUAAACUAUGUAGGCCAGGAUGGCUCUUGACAACUUUCUUCCUCAGCACACCAGUGCUGGGUUAGAGGUGUGAUCCGAGUUCUUACCUUCCCCUUCCUCCUAGUUGUUUUGAGAGACCAUCACUAUCUAAUUAACCUAGGCUGGCCUUGAACUGUUGCUGUGCCUCCUGCCUCAGCACUCCAAGUGUGGGGUUAUAGGUGUGAUUACCAUGGUGAUCUUAGGAACAUAAUUUGUGAGCAAAGACAAGUUCUCUAAAUUUUUCUGGGGACAGAACUGGGGUUUAGAACAUAGAGGAGGGGACAUGACUUUUGAGCUUAUCUAAUUUACUGAACCUCAAAGGGCAAAGGGAAAAUGUAUGACUAGGCAACAGUGAGCAUGCGUGGGUGUGCAACAGUGACCAUGUGCGGAUGGGCACCAUGAGUGUAGUGUUUUAAAGGAUACCUAAAAACAUGGUGUAUGUUGCCAAAUCUGUUACUCAGGAUGGUUUUCUUUAAGCCUUUAAAAACAUACUCAAUUACAUUUCUCAUAUGUUUAAACAGUCCCUUCUUCUUUUUCCUUAUCUAUUUUCUUUUCCUUUUUGUAUCUUCACAGAUGUAUCCACUGGUGUUGGACUAUGUAGUAAUGACAGUAUUUGGGAUCCCACUUGUUCAUCUCAGCAGUGUUCCUAUUUAUCCUCAUCCCCUAGGCUUGGCACUUAGCUAUAUAAGUGAAUGGUGAAUGAGUUAUGGGAGUGGUAUUUGAGGGGAUCCAAGUCUAGUUCCCAAAGAGAGUGUGCUGGCAGACAGAGCCACAGCAAACAGCAGCACAUGGCCUGGGAUCAGUGUGCAGACUCAUGACGGGGGUGGGGGGGUGGGGUUGGUGCUUUAGCAGCAAGGGCUUUCUAGACCAUUGUCUUUAGAGGACAUGGGGAACAUUUGCCUGAACUUCAGACAGAGAUAGAGACACUGUUGAUCACAAGAGUAGAGGUAGCAGUAUUCUGGUUUGGGGCAAAAUGGCUCUUAGGUCAUAAGGGUAUCUACAUUAUAGUGUUGUUGUGUAGAUCUUGUGAAUAAAUACAUGGAGAAGGCCCAGUACACAUUAAGCCUCAGUAUUACACAUUAUUACUACAGUAGUUAGCAGAAUGGAAAAUUCCUACAAUACGCUUGCUCAGUAUGCAAGAAAUUUGCUCUGUAGACAAGGUAUCAUUGUUAUUGUCACUCUAGGGCUGGGUUAAUCUGCUUCUGAGAUUUGCCCUCCUGGGAUCCUGUCUCAUCACAGUGAUUGGCAAUGCCUGGGCUGCUUACAUGAUGGGCCAAAUAAAAUGGACUUCCUCAGCUAGGUAAUGUGUUUCCUCUUAGAAAUGGAGCAAUCACCUCAGCCUGUAGCCUGAAGCACACAGUCCUUCCUGGCUGUAUCUCCCUAACCCUGCACUUGUACAGAGACCCAACUUGUUUGUCCCGGAGGUUCAUUUAGCAAAAUGUUCAGGGUUGGAUUGUUCGUAGCUCAGUGGUAGAACAUACAAUUAGCAUGUUUAAGACUCUAGAUUCAACUAUAAAUACACAAAAUAAAGCAUUCAAUGAAGCAUUAAAGUUAAUUUCUUUUAGAAAGAGUAUCUUUUUUACAAAAGAUUUAUUUAUUAAUUUUAUAUAUGUAAGUAUACUGCCACUCUCUUCAGACACACCAGAAAACGGCAUCAGGUCCCAUUACAGAUGGAAUAAGCCACCAUCUGGUUGCUGGGAAUUGAACUCAGGACCUCUGGAAGAAUAAUCAGUGCUCUUAACUGCUGAGCCAUCUCUCCAGCCCCCUAGAAAGAGUAUCUGAACCUUUGUUUUGUAGUAUGGUCCAGGUGGUAAUCAUGUGAGCCAAGGUUGAUGAUGACUGAGCCUCUCUUUCAUAUCAUAAGGGUAUAAUUUGGGUAUAUAACCUUCCUUUAGGAGCCUACUUUUUCAGGUGUGUGUGUGUGUGUGUGCGUGCGUGCACACACGUGCCCUAGAGUCUCUCUCUCUCUCUCUCACACACACAUAUGUGUGUGUGUGUGUGUGUGUGUGUGUGUGUGUGUGUGUGUGUGUGUGAUUUCUUGCUUUGUUUCUUUGACAUCUGGCAAAAAUUAGAAUAAGUGUGUCAAAGCAUCUAUGCACAGGCAACAGAGGUAGCCCACUCCCAUUUUUCAGUUUCUGACUUACGAUAGUGAUGAUACCUGCUCCACACAGCUGCAGGCCCCCCUGCUAUCUUGUGCUCAGUGCUGAGGCUCCUUUCCCCUUUUUAAUUUUAGUUUUGAGACAGAGUUUCUAUAUGUAGCCUUGGCUAGCUAGCCUGGGAUUCUACAGUGUAGACUGGGUUGGUCCUGAAUUUGCAACAGCUGUCCUGCCUUUGCUUCCUAACUUCUGGGAUUACCAUGUGCUGCCUUCUUUGGGUUUUAACAGCAAAUUUUUAACUGAUGUACUGUCUCUCUAAGCAUUAUUGGGAGCUUAGCAUUGAUUCUGCUUUAGGCAGUAUUAAAAAAGGUUUUGAAUUUGAAGCUAGAGGGGGAAUAGAAAAUCAAAGACUGUCUUAGUUAGGGUUUCAUUGCAGUGAAGAGAUACCAUGACCAAGACAACUUUGAUAAAGGACAACAUUUAAUUGGGGCUGGUUUACAGUUUCAGAAGUUCAGGCCAUUAUCACCAUAGCAGGAGGCAUGAGAACAUCCAGGCAGGCAUGGUGCUGGAGAAGGAGCUAAGAGCUCUACAUCUUGAUCCAAGGCAUCCAGAAGGAGACUGUCUUCUGCAGGUAGCUAGGAGGAGGCUACCUCCCUCACUGGGAAGAGCUUGAGCAAUAGGAGCCUCAAAGCCCACUCCCACCAUGACACAUACCUGCCAACAAGGCCGUACCUACUCCAACAAGGCCACACCUCCUAAUAGUGCCACUUCCCAUGGGCCAAGCAUAUUCAAACCACAACAAAGACUCACAUAUGAAGUGCCUAACCUGUUCAAUCCAUUUCAUUCUACUUCAACUCUUCCUAUGCCCCAGGCCUGGUGAAAGUCACCAGUGGGAAAAUGAGCCAAGGUUGAAUUAGACUCUCAGCUCCUCUAGUCAUGAACUAUAGGAGCUCAGUACUUUCUUCAUGAUUUAGAAACCUACUUUAUUAAAAAUUUAAAACUAAGAAUACAUUAUAUCUGUUGUACUAUGGACCAUCAAAAAUGACAUUCUUCAGUGGUUCUAGAGAAAAAAGUAUUCUCAAAGAAGUAAUGCAUUUGUCUUAAAAAUUCAUAUUAGUUUGUCUCACCAGGACCACUUAGGUGAAGGAGAUAGAGGAAUAAUAUCUUAGCCUAGCUGUGGUAGCACACGCCUUUAAUCCCAGCACUUGGGAGGUAGAGGAAGGAGGAUUUCUGAGUUUGAGGCCAGCCUGAUCUACAGAGUGAGUUCCAGGACAGACAGGGCUUCAUAGAGAAACCCUGUCUUGAAAAACAAACAAACAAACAAUAUCUUAAAGUACUGACAAUGUAAUUAUAAAAUUUCAGUUGAAUAUAAUUCAUAGUAUUUUUGUUAUUUAACUUUUCUUGUGCCUUCACGUCUUUAUCUGUCAAGUUAAAACUGUCAGCCAUGUCUGCUUCAUAGGACUGAUGUGAGGUUAAAUAGUUACUGUUGUGAGGUGGUGCAAAUGAUGGAGAGCAUGGUGACGAGGAUGGUCAUUCCAGGACCUUGGUUCAGCUAGACACAGUAUGUGUCUCAGCACACAUUUGCUGAGAGCUGCUGGAGGAGUAUAGACAGAUACACAUAGUUAAUGUAAGCAAAUUAUGGUACAUACAUAACUCUGUCUAAGAGGAAGAAGGCAUUAUGGAAGUAGAAAUCCGAGGGCCCAGGCCUCUCUCAGGCCAGAGAAACCCACCAAAGGAUGUGAUGCUUCAGCUGAGAUCUAAAGCAGAAGUGAGAGUUAGCUGGGUUGGGGGAGGUGGCAGGAGGCCAUGGGCUCCUGUUGUAGCUAGAAAGGUUUGAGGAGAAAAGCAGACCUGUCUAUGGUGUUUGGAAGCUGGAGAACAACAGUGUACCUUGUGAGGGUUGUAGCAAGACGUGACUCUAGCAAGAGACAGAAAUCAGAUGAUGGGGAACCUGAGAAUGUUCUUGAGGAGUUUGCUUUACCAAGACCAAGAACUGUCCUCAAGACCUGACUUUGCUAGCCAUUACAAUGCCAUGACAUCAUGCUAUGUCUCCAUAUUGAUAUUAGGGGAUACAGUCAUUAGCCCAAAGGCACAGACUGAGAAAAUACAACUGCCAGGAUUUGAACCUUGGCCUCUUUGGUUUUUACAGUAGAAUUCAUUUGAUCAUUGAUGCCCUGCGACAGUGUCUGGCUGUGUUGAUUUGGAGCCAACUUUUCUAUCUCUCAACUUCAGUUUGCUCAAAUUACAUACAGCAUUAGUUAGUAUUAGCUUCAUGGACUAUUGAAAAUGAGAAAAUAUACAUAGAAGGCCAACUAUAGUGCAAGGUGUGCAUCUCAUAUUCUUGCACAGAUGUUUUUCCUUCACAGUUCCAGUGACGUGAGACAGAACCCCAUGAGCAGCUGUCUGCAUGCUUACUUGGUUGUCAGCUGUCGUUCGAGGACUGUUGAAAUCCACGUACUAAUCACCUUCCGUGACAGGUCCAGCACACUGUGUUCUCUACCUGCAAGCCUGCUGUCACCGAGGCUUAGGUUUGCUGGCGCAGUUGGCCUCGUGCUUACUCACUUUCCUAGAAUCCUUAUCUCUAGAAGUCACUGUUUUUCCUUCUCCCUCCGGAGCAUAUCCAGCCUGUUCCGCUUAGGACAGAUCUUCAGCUCUUAGCUAGAAUUAGUUUUGAAAUUGUCUGUCUGUUGUUUGAGAUACAAUUUCCUUAGGUAGCUGUUUGGCUUCAAAGUCAACAGUUGCUCCUGCUUCAGUCUCCUGAGUGCUGAGGUUGUUUCUUACUUUAUGGUUGAUUUUUAAGCUUCCUCAUGUUGGUUUUAGGGGCUGAUGCCUCCAGGUGAUAGAAAAAUGGUAUAGGAGCUACUCAGGUUACUAAUUUUCUCAUCAAGCUCUAUGGGAUGCAUUUUGUUUUGUUUUCUUUGCCUGUUUGUUUUUAAUCUUGAAAGGCAUCCUCGGCAGGGCUGGAGAGAUGGCUCAGUGGGUAAGAGCACUGACUGCUCUUCUCUUCCGAAGGUCCUGAGUUCAAAUGCCAGCAACCACAUGGUGGCUCACAACCAUCUGUAAUGAGAUCUGACGCCCUCUUCUGGAGUGUCUGAAGACAGCUACAGUGUACUUACAUAUAAUAAAUAAAUAAAUCUUUAAAAAAAAAAAAAAAAGAAAGGCAUCCUUGGCCGGGCGUGGUGGCGCACGCCUUUAAUCCCAGCACUUGGGAGGCAGAAGCAGGUGAAUUUCUGAGUUCGAGGCCAGCCUGGUCUACAGAGCAAGUUCUAGGAUAGCCAAGUCUACACAGAGAAACCCUGUCUCAAAAAACCAAAAAACCAAAAAAAAAAAAAAAAAAAAGAAAGGCAUCCUCUAUGUUACAUUAUAGGAAUAUUCUUCUUCACACAAUUGGAGAAGCAAAUGUCUAUAUCUAAGCAAUGUGCCCUUUAAUUGAUUCUUUCCGUCUACAGAGUAGACAUUUACUAAGUGUGACUCUGUUCUAGGGCUAGGAGAUAGAGGUGAAAAGCCAUUGUCCCCGUCCUCAAGGAUAAGGCAGACAUUUGAACAAAUAAAUCUGUAUAGAAGUGAAAUGCUGGGAUGGAGGCAUGGUGAACACGUGUCAGUUUGUAUUUAUCACUAUUUGAAGACCAGUAAAAGACUCAGAGACAAUGACAGGCUUGCACUGGAAGAAAAAGGUGGAAGGACGAUAUCUCAAGGGAGGAGAGGAUAUAGCACAGCUCAUGGUCAUUAGAAGAUGAGUGUUCUUGGAGGCCAUUUAGUACCAGAGCGGCAGAUAGCAGGUAGUUAGAAAAGGGGUAGUGGGAGAAGGGCAAGAUACUCUCCUAGUGGUGCCUAGGGCCCAAGAACCUAGGACUGGCAGGAGACUGAAGGGCCUUUUAUGAUUGUCUCUCUUUUUAUGGUCUCCUGGUGGCUAUCAUUUUCUUCCCCAAGAGGAAUACAUAGCUUAUUAACUGUCAAUUUCUGAAUGGCUUUCGUCUCUCCCUACUCAUCUGCACUCUUGGUUAGCCUGGCUAACAGAAAACACACUUUAUUACUUGAAAACCCACGACCUGUUUGCUUGGAGGAACAAAGGUUACCAGGUGAAAGGUACAAGAUAGAUCAGUAUCAUUUGCUUUCCGUAGCACGAGGUAGCUAGGGAGAAUGAAGUCCAUCGGUGACCAAACACCUAUGUUCCUCUUUCACUGGCUGCGUCACCGGAGAGGAGCCUUAAGUUGCCCUGCAAACGCGUUAGACCUCUUGUUUCCGUGGCAGGGGCUGGUGCAGCCUGAGCUGCUCGGGAGGCUUGGGCUCUCACUGCUCUCUGUGCUUGCUUGCAGCUGUGUAAAUGAGUAUGGAAGAUUAUGAUUUCCUGUUCAAAAUUGUUUUAAUUGGCAACGCUGGAGUGGGAAAGACGUGCCUAGUCCGAAGAUUCACUCAGGGUCUUUUCCCCCCAGGUCAAGGAGCCACAAUUGGAGUUGAUUUUAUGAUUAAGACAGUGGAGAUUAAUGGUGAAAAAGUGAAGUUACAGAUCUGGGACACCGCAGGUCAAGAGAGAUUUCGCUCCAUCACUCAAAGUUACUAUCGAAGCGCCAAUGCCUUGAUCCUUACCUAUGACAUCACCUGUGAGGAAUCCUUCCGCUGCCUUCCUGAGUGGUUGCGGGAGAUAGAACAGUAUGCUAGCAAUAAAGUCAUCACUGUGUUAGUAGGCAACAAGAUUGACCUGGCUGAAAGGCGAGAGGUCUCCCAGCAGAGAGCAGAAGAGUUCUCAGAGGCUCAGGACAUGUAUUACCUGGAGACUUCAGCCAAGGAAUCCGACAAUGUGGAGAAACUCUUCCUUGACUUAGCAUGCCGACUCAUCAGCGAAGCAAGACAGAACACACUGGUGAACAAUGUAUCGUCACCCUUACCCGGAGAGGGGAAAAGCAUCAGCUAUUUGACUUGUUGUAAUUUCAACUAAAGGCUGAGGCAAAGAGAAUCAAAGGGAAUCAGUAGUUGCCUUGGUGGGCCGUACGUUGCUAGGGAAUCUGGCAAUGACUAUGGCUCCCGCUCUUGGACCUUCUGACUCCUGUAGGCUCCAGAGCUUACCAAGCAUGCAGGCCAAGGGCCUUGACUGCAGGCCAGCAUUAGCAGAACACAUAAUGGUUUCACCCUUUUGCAGUCUGGCGUUGGAGCAAGGAGAAAAUUGCACUAAGCGCUCCAUGAUCUGCAGAGCAUGUUGCUUUUGUUUUUAAAAAAGCAAGUAAAAAAUGCAUUCCUGAACACAGAGCAGGGGAUCGUGUACUGUAGGAAUCCUUCUGUGUGUCAGCGGGUGCAUGAGGGGCUAUUCUUUAGGCUUCAGUGGUAAUCUGGUGCCCAUGGAUUUCUUGACUACCAGGUAAACCAAAACUGGAAAGGCCAAGUACUGUCUCUGUAGUACUUAUUGAGGACCCCAUGGAGAUUUUGAAAAGUGUUAUUUCUUUUGUCCACAAGCACUUUCAAAACCUUUGGGAUAUAAAAAUGGGAACUCUUCUCACGACCAACAGUAAAAAUUAUUGUUUAACAAUAUAUACAAGCUCCAUGACUCUUUUUGGUGCUAAUGAUUAUGCUAUUUCACAGACCAAACGUUUUAGUACAUUGAUACCCUUAGAUGUAUUACCUAAAAAUAAAAAGAGAAUGGGGGAAAUCCAUGAGUCAGCAGUCUUCUUCAGUCUCAUUACCACCAUUUCUAGGAUGGGUUUGGAUAUGAGAAGCCCUUCUUCUUUCAUAUUCUCCUUGAAAUUUAUUAACAUUCUUCUAUUCUUUCACACUUAUCGUGCCCUUUAGGUAAAUCAAAGUAUUAAAAAAAUGGGGAAAAAUAUAAAUUAUGACAUUCUAAUAAAGAAGAUUAGUUGUAGGACAUGUUGAGUAGCAUGAGAAAACAGAGCAGAUAUGACCAAAAUACUGUGGACUAUGGACUGACUGCAGGGCAGACUUCCAGACAGAGUGCAGCUCUCUAACAGGUCACGCCUUUUCCUUUCGGGAACUAGCCUUGGAGAGGCCAAGGUUUAGGAUUUUGUAGACAUUUUUAGUAUAAUAAGUGAGAAUAGCAAGAGAUGAAAAGUCUCACAAAUCAUUUUUGUAUCUUCAAUAAACUUAGGAAAGUGUGCUCAGGAAGCAGGCUGAGCUGUCCUUUAUUAAUAUUAAUAUUGAUCUCAGAUUCGUCACCAUACAUUUCUUCCCCCUUUAUCUUUUCUUCUCCCUAGUCUCCCCCUGUAGUGUUCCUUUCCCCAUUCCUUCUUUUUCUCUUUCCUCCCCAUACCGGUAUGCACGUGUUACUCGAAGUCUCCAAUUCCGAUGGAGGUGUAUAUGCCUUUACUUAGCCGAUUUCACAACAGGACUCAAGUUGGGACACGUGCUGCUGAAUGACUUCCUGUUUCUUCAGUGCCGUGGCUUGAUGCCUUCCAGUUUGUUCACUGUCAUAGCUGCAAAUACGACAGUAACUAAGUCUGUGUGCUCUUGGUGUUGCUGAAGCUUGCUGUAUAGCAUAACUGAGUAUGAGUCACUGAAUGAGGAUAUGACGGGAAAUUCCGCUGUCGGUAUUGAUGGUGACAAUCCUGGACCUGACAUGUCACUCUUGGAAAGCUACUGAAUUGUAAAGCAAUGAUUCAACAGGGCAGGAUAUUGAUAACACAUUUCUAGCAUUUCUAACAGAGUCCAGAAUGCCCAGUCUUUCUCGCCUGUGACUGCGUGUAUUAUUACCAGUCGUUGGUGUUGAUUGGCUCACUGUGCUCUUCUUGAUUCCACAGGAAAGAAAAAGGCUUCCUACAAGUUUGAACUGUCUUCCCUUUAUAUAGGAAGGGGAAAUAAAUCACUUUAAUGGAAAUCAAAAUCAUCUAUAAUUACCUUUGCUUAAUAGCCAGCAACCAAAGGCAUCAGAAGAUAAACUAAUCAAAGUUACAGAAAAAUAUAUCUUUCUACUGUGAAUGUCCCUAAAUUUAGAUUUAUUACUUUUCUUUAUGGCAAAAUUCUGAUCUCCCCAGCAUAAGAUGACUCAGCCUUGUCUCACAGCACUGUGUUAAAAAUAACGUUGCUUUGUGAACUUUAAGGGCUUUGUUAGAUUGGACUAAUUUAGCUCCAGAAUAACAGCUUUUGGGGUCACAUUUAUGUUAUUUUAUUCUCAUUCCUUUGGGCUUAUAGCACCCCCAUCUGUCCCUUCGAGUUCAGAAGCAGCUCAGAGAGCUCUGCCACAGGUCCAUCUCCCUCUGGGUCUCUGAGUCUUUGAGUAAAUCAUAGUCACCAAUCUUUGGCCUAUUAGUGUGGACACUUGAGAAGCUGGGCCCUUCCGUUCCACAGUUCUGUGAAUUUAAGAUUAGGCCAUUGGGAUAUUUGUUCAGCGAUGUAUCUCAAGUUUGAGAACAAUCCUUGACAAUACUGUAGGUGCAAUAAAUACCAAUUGAAUAAAUGAGUCAGUGCCAAGAGUUUUGUUUGUUUGUUAUUUUAAAGUGAAAGUCCUUAAAGUGGUUCUUGAGAUAGAAUCAUUUCAAUCUAGGGCAGGACAUAAAUAUUAUUUUGCCUAAUAAUUCUUAUUGCCAGGGCAAUAUUUGCUCAGAUAAGCCUCCUUUACAUAUAAUUAUUCAAUGGUGAAACCCCCCCCCAAGUUUUGGUUUAUUGUGAUGUCAGCUCAUCCUGACAAGGCCAUCGCUUCUUCUAUUUGUAGUAUGACAAUUUUUUUUUACUUUUUAAUAAAAUUAUUAAAUAUGUGACCACCUUUUCAAUUUCCAAUGAAAAUACAUGUUCAGGGUGUAGAGUCAAGCUUGGAAAAACUCUGUAGGAUUGUAGGUUUCUGAUAGACUGUGUCCUCAAAGAACUUAGCGGUUUCUCCUUUCUUACACAGAGCCGUGUUCCUUUGUAUCUUUCAUUAGAUCUGUUGGAUUAUAUUAAUAUUUAAUUACAUAGAGCCAAUCAUGGUUUGUGUAGACUUCAAAAGUUACAUCAUUGGCUUUUUCCGGCUUUCAUCCCCUCUCCCCACCCGUAGUUUAGUCAUUUUUUUAUGUCAGCAUCUUUCCCUAACUAAAAAUGAAACUGAAGUGUAUUAGCAUUCUAGUAUGUCAGGUUUUGAUUUUGAAAUUAUUAAGAAACCACUGACCAAAACAAGAUGUCUGGACUAGUAUGAUUGAAAGCAGUGAGGCUCGAUGGAGGGAGGAAGAAAGCAGAAUCUUUCUCUUCUCUUCAUCAGAGUGUACCUGGAAGGACCCGAGUGAUUCCCGGUGUUAGAGCAGGGACUUGCCAGUCUACUCUUUGAGCUAGCCCACAGCAUCAACUUCACUUAGACUAAUUCUGAACAAACAGCUGCAAAUCAUUUCGAACCUGAUUUUUACCCCCAUGUGUCCUAUCAGUGGCCUUAAAGACAGGGAAAGUUCUGAGUCUUAGUCCUCCAGAAUGUUCUGCAUCUCAUGGCCGGAUGUACUUACUAGGGAUCACGUUCUUACUAGUUUCUGAAAGAAGUUGUAGUUUUGUUUUGUUUUUUAAAGAAUUUUUAACAGCGACGGUUCCUUUCUUCCUUCAAGCAUGGUCUUGACAGGUGUGUUUCACAUCUCCUUCUCUGACAAGAUGUAUUCCACAUAAGCAAUUAUUGUUAAACACUAAAUGAAGAAGAUAGAUGUUCUUUUCUGGGAUUUUUGUUCCUGUGGCACGAGUUUAUCUAUGUUUGUUUAUCUAUGAAAGCUGUCUUUCCCUUAUACUAUACAUACAGGCAAUAUUGGUUAAUGAUAGUAUCCCUUCAGGUCAGUCAUUACUAUUGAGUAAUAUAGAUGGUUCCUCGCCUCCUUCCUAAAUCACAGGAUGUUCAUGUUAUAAUUACUCUGGGGGAGACACUGCUUUUUACUUUUUAUCUUGUUUUUUUUGUUUUUGUUUUUUUUUUUUGUUUUUUUUUUUAGACAAGAUCUCAGUCUAUAGCUCCAGAAAUCAGGCUGGCAUAGAAAUCACAAUGUAGUUCAGGCUGGCUUUGAACUCAUGGUAAUUCUCUUCCCUUAGUCUUACUAUAAUUAACAAGCCACCAUGGUUUAAUUCUUUGAAACUAAAAACAAAUGGAGGGGUAACUAGUGGGGGUAAAUGAAUUUAACACACGAUAUUUGAAGAUUAUUUGGAGGAUUUUUGUAGGACAUGGCAUAGAGAGGAAUAUAAAAGAUACUUCACAGUUGAAAGAAAUAGAAUGAAGACUAUCACACCCAAGCCAUAGAAACACAGAUUAGGCUGUGUUGGGAAGAAUAUCGUGAAAAAAAUUGGAACCCUCUGUAGUAGCCGCCUUCCUGUCAAACAAAUGAUAGAUACAAACUGAGCAAAGAAAAUGUGCACAGGACCUAUAGAGUUGAGAGGAUUGGCCCAGAUGCUCUAUAAACUCAGAAUCCUAAAUAGCAGUACCUUUUCUUAUGCUCAAUUAAAUAUAUGUUGACCAACAGUUGAUGAUAUUUUUUUUUAAAGGCAUUAUAUUCUGUCACAGCCUUUUAGGGAAAAGGUUGGGUCACAUGUCCUUAGACCAAGACACUGAUCUGCCAUUAAGUCCUAAGCUAAAAACUCUUGUUCGUCCCUGUUGAAAUCAAACUGGCUUACGGGUUAAAAAUGGAAGAAAUAUCAUUUAGGCAGAGGUUAUAUGAAAUCAUAGAAAUUAUUCAUCUCAUUUGGCCUAAUAAACAGUGUGUUCUCUUCAGGAUGUUAGAAGUAAUUUAGCAUAGGAGAACCUUCCAUUAGAGAAUCCCCAACAGUUCAGUGUUCAUGAGAGGACAGGAGGAUCACAGGGAGGACGGCAUCCUUAAGAUCUGCUUUUGGAAGUCUCAAAUGACAUUUGGAGAUUUUGCUGAUUGUGGAGAAAGAGAAUUUAAAAGAGUGAAGGCCAAUUUGCUUCAUAUAUAAAGUAAAUGCAUGCACAAAGUACAAAACAGGUCUUUAACGUGAAAAUAAAAUAACUAAAAACAAUGUUUGCUAAUUAAAAUGUGUGAGCCAAAUGAUCACAUUGUAAAGCUCCUUGCCCCCUUUCCAGUCUGAUAGACUUACUUGGUUUUUAGAAAAGGAAAACAUUGCUCUUGAAUCAGUAUGGAAUGAAACACACUUGAAUAUGGUGAGACUUUCUCUGACUAGGUAAGAAAUCAGAAUAUAAAGGCUAGUUCUGCUUUGACCCUAUAAGGUGUGUGAGUUACAUUUUUCCCCCAGCUGAGUUAGAGGAGAAUGACAGAGGCUGAGCCAUGUUCUGAUUAAAUUCUUGGUCAGUGAUGACUGGUAGCUCAGACAAUGAUAUAUAGAAAGGUAUGAAAGGCAGGCACUAGGCUGGCUGUGUGCAGCCCUACAAUAGAAAAAUUAGUUGGGGGUUUAAGCAAAGUUUGAACAGUUUUUUUUUCCAUCUGUGAGACGGACCUGUUAGGAAUAUGCUGAAAAUUAGAUGAGAUAAACUGAAAAUAUGUUGCCCAGCAAACAGGAAAAACUCAAAUAUUAGGUUUUUGUGUUGUUUGUUUGUUUGUUUGUUUUCUCUCCUCUUAGUUAAGAAUAGGCCUUGGCAGUUGGAGCAGUGACAUGUGACUUUAGUCCCAGGUACUUGGGAAGCUGAGGUGGGAGCUAAGGCAGCACAGGAGACUCCAUCUCAAGACUGUAAGGAAUGAUUUGGGUCAGUCUGUUACAAAGAAAAGAAGUCCAUUUCGAUGAGGGUUCCUUAAAAGGAAGUGUCUGAUUCGAUUUGCUUUUACAUGUCAGUCACCUGUUUCUUCCCAUACACCUUGAGAGACAUUUUUGUCUCAAUAGACGAUUCCAGGGUUGCAAACUCCUCGUUAUCAGGAAACUUUCUCUUAGAACUGAAAUACCUCACAGUGCAAUACAAACCUCUUGUUGAUUUCAUUCUCCAUGGGAAGAAAAUGGCUUGGUUGUUAUCUGUCAGGGGUCCCACUUGCUGUCUGUUAUUGCCCAUUGUCAGCUAUUUGAAAACAAAGUCGUAACAGUGUGUGAAGGUGGCGGUGAUCCUUAUCCUCCUGGUGAACAUCAGGACAGUUGUUGACUAGCUCUUAAUUUCUUACUGGGAUCAGAUUUAGAUAAUCCUAUUGUUGAUUAGUUCUUUAAUUAUCCAUGCAUUUCUCCCUUUACUAAUAAUGUAUAGUGGAUAUCCCAGCAAGACUAAUUCUGGUUCUGUGACUCUUCUCCAUCUAUAGGUAGAAAUGAUAUCAUAAAUCCCAGUUAUGUGAUCUGCUUUUAGAUUUAAUUCUACAUCAACAUUAUUGUAUGAAUGUAUUACUAAUACUUUAAAUGUUUUUAUCUCCCUUUCUAUGUGUGUGCUACAUUUUGAAAUAAAAAUUAGGGUACUAACUUCCUAAUAGAGCAAAAAUUCAAGUGCAGGGUUAAGAAAAGAAUUUGUUUGGUUAGAAUAAUUCACUAGCUGAUGAAUGGCACAUCGCUUUUGUUUAAUAUUACACAGUUAUGCCUGGAUUAAAUAAUAAUAAUAAACUUGAUAAAGCCCUCUGAAAAACAGCUGCUAAGCGUACUGCUUCUGGAAUGUAAUCAUUAGGAGUAAAUAUUUUCAUGUUCUAUACAAUUACAGAAUGUUAGUGGAAGUUUAUUGUAGACUAUUUGACAAUGAAUGUCAGUUGAUUUAUUAAAUGAAUUUUUUAAAGUACUUUUAUCCUUUUUAGGGCUGAUUGGGACUUUUAGGUCCCUGACAUAAAACAUUUCAAAUGAUUGGAAUGCUGGCUUCUCACUUCGCUCAUUGGAGUGUCCAUCUAGCUCUGCCUGAUGUUAGCACUCCUUUGAUGGUGUGGAAACGAGAUGCACAAAUCUUUCUCAAGUAGUGCAUGAGCAAAGUUGCUGUUUUCAGAAAAGAAAAAAAAUUCUAAAAAUUGCAACUAAUAAAGAACAAAGACAAGACUUUGAAGAAAGUGUGCCCUGUAUGUUAUUGCACACACUGUAAUGCAUGACUUUCAGCAUAAGGAUAACAUACGAUGCAAAAUAUUUCAUUCUGGAAAUCUCCACAGCUAGUUAAAAUAUUUGUAGAAGCUGCUUUGUGGAGACUUAGAAAAUCCCUUAUUUUAUUCAUUUUCUUAUCUCUCCAUUAAAGCACUAAUAUUUUAUACAGUUUCAGCAAGCAGGUUGACCAGUAUAUUUUAUGAACUCAGUUCCUAAUAUAUGGCUACUGGCUUUAUGCAUAGGAUCUCAGUAAACGCCACACAUAUAUAUCACUAUAUAAAUCCUAAUCAUCUGCUUUAAUAGAUGCAUAGUUCUUGGUUUAAAAUGUGAUAUGCAGAUAUUAAUUGUACAAUAUAUAUUUUGUGUCCAUGUAUUGAAUUUACUUAACAAAAAGGCCAUUAUAAAUAUAAGCCAUUUGUAACCUGAGUAUAAUUAGUUCAAAACAUUGUCUAGAAAGAUGAUUUGUAAAAAAUUUAGUCCAAUUUCAAAAGGGGGACAAAGAGGAACCAGGAACUCAAAAAAAGCAUUUUUAAGUAAAAUUGUAUCUUUAAAAAUUUCAGAUAAUUUCACACACAGUAACUUGCCCCUUUGAAGUAUAAAAUUCAGUGUUUUUAGUAUACUCAAUAUAUUGUACAUUGUCACUGUCUAACUUCAGAAUAUGUCAUUCCCCAAAGGCUCUGUAUCCAUUAGCAGCCAAACCUUCUCCUUCCACAGUAUCUGGGAACAAUCUAUCUGCUUUCUGACUAUGGAUUUGCCUUUCAUAUAAAUAUAAUUAGACAAUGUGGCCUCUUGUGCCUGGCUUCUAUUAAGGUUUUCAAGACUCAUCUGUAUUGUAGCAUGAGUCAGUAUGUUCUUUUUAUGGCUAAGUAAUAUUGUGUGUGUGUGUGUGUGUGUGUGUGUGUGUGUGUGUGUGUGUGAGAGAGAGAGAGAGAGAGAGAGAGAGAGAUUUUAUUUGCAAGUUAAUCAAAUAUUGGACAUUUAGAUUUUUUCUACUUUCUGGCUAGUAUAAGUAAUGCUGCUAGAACAUUUAUGUAAUUUUUGUAUGUGGUCAUGGUUUCUUUCACAUCUCAAAAACAGAUUAACAAAUUAAGUAAUUUGUAUUUAUUUAAAUAGAAUCUUUUUAAAGUCCUGCUUGGAGAAUGAAACUUAUGAUCUUGAUUAAAGUGGUCAAUUGAACUCUAGAAUAAUGCCUGUCAGGUAUGUCUGUAAGAAUAUUUUUGUGAGGAUGUCAUUUUGAUAUGGUUAUCAAUUUCAUGAGUCCUUGUAGAAAUUACAUUGUCUGAGAAUUUCAAAGUUCUCCACAUUCCUUGAAAGACAGCUAUCAAUCAUACUGGAGCGGGCACUCCUUAAACUUGGUAGGACCAUUCAGUCAAUGAAGGAGCAUUUUAAAGGUGUGGUUUCUUACAUUCUAACUAUCUCAACAUUUGCAUCUUGGAAAAAAGAUCAUCAAAUUGCCAAGCCUCCUGAGUGUUGUAGUUUAAGUUUUUAUUAUUAAGAAGUAAUUCAUAACGAGAGCAAAAGUGUCAAGAAUGUAUUUUGUGUGCAAAGAAUGAAUGUAUUUAACAAAAUCUUCUUAUUUGUAACAAUUUUUUUAAAAGUUGAAUGGAAAUUGAUUUCUCAUGUACUUGUACAUAAAUAAACAUUUCCUGUUGCCCCCA